AUGCCUUUACUGUGGGUUCAGCAGUGGGCGGUCCUGCCGGUAAUUGUCGAAGAUAGAAAUAUGGUGGAAGGAAAUGUGCACGGGGCAGGGUUGCCACCAGGGUCCCAAACAGUGGAACCUUCGGCGCAAACCAGACUAGGCGAGAGGGAAAGACCCACUCAAGCCCAAAAUGCUUCCUCCGGCAAUGUUCCCUACCAGUUCCAGGUGCAGAUGGCGACUCCUCAGCACCAAAUUCCGGGUGGCCAAAUCUUCAAUUUACCGGGACAACAGACCACAGGCUAUCAAAUGGGUCGAGGGCAAUCUCCAGGCGCGUUUGGUAUGUCCGCAAUGGCCGGAGCGCUGCCAGAAUACCAAAACACCACUUCCUCUCAGAUGUCGCAUCAAGACUCACAGCGGUUCUUAGCGGGCACUUCAAGUACUUCGUCAAGCUACCAGGCUCAGCAGUUUCCAGGCCAAGCGCCGUUGAGCACUGGAAAUUAUCCCGUGCACCCCCCGCAGUACCCUUACCAGCAAGCUUAUGGUCAACUGCAGGCCAGCCCACAGUCCUCUCAUCCAAGUGGACCCAACCCUGUUCACUCUUCUUACCCGGGCGGUGCCUAUUUUCCGACAUCGCAACAGCAGUACAUAUACUACCCAGGGCAGUACGGACAAUCUCCCCAGCCGCAACAUGGGUCUUAUCCCACAUCCUAUGGUCCUGGGUCAACUCAUGCGUAUGGGCAGCAAGGGGGAGACGUGUCCGCAAUGGCUGGUAGAACGAUGCACAGUGGCUAUCCGCCGGGUACUGUAAUGCCGUAUUCCUCGUACGGAUCUCCUGGGGCAUAUCUGAGACCUGGCAGUCUGACAGGCAAGCGAUCUUUCUACGCCUCAAAGUCAUGGCUAACGACUGCUAUAGCGGUUAGCAGAGGCAAUUCAGGUUCGAGCUCGGGAAGUGUUCCGUCAUCGCCAAGGGGACCGCCUCGCAAACCGAAGCAGUCUGGCCAUGCACUUUGGGUGGGAAACCUUCCGUCAGGAACCGUGAUCAGUGACCUCAAAGACCAUUUCUCAAAAGAUGCUACCAAAGAUAUUGAGAGCGUAUUCCUCAUUUCGAAAAGCAAUUGCGCAUUUGUCAAUUACAGAAGCGAGGGGGCUUGUGCGGCUGCGAUGAGCAGAUUCCACGACUCAAGAUUUCAAGGCGUCCGGUUGGUUUGCCGUUUACGAAGAAACUCCAACACCUCCGCUCCAGGGGUUCCUACAGGACCUGCAGCCCUCAUGCCCUCUGUGACCUAUAUGCAGACGGCCUUUGAAGCCAUUAAGCAGAACCGUGAGGUAUCUUUCCGAGCUUUGGAGGAGGCUGCUGCUGAGUCUACGCGCACAGGCGAGCCGACCGUUAAGGUCAUGGAUAAAUACUUUGUCUUAAAGAGUCUGACAGUAGAAGACAUGGAAUUGAGUGUGCGAAACAGCAUCUGGGCGACUCAAUCCCACAAUGAAGAUGCGUUAAACAAGGCUUAUGAGACAUCAGAAAAUGUAUAUCUCAUCUUUUCGGCAAACAAGUCUGGAGAGUAUUUCGGAGUGGCGCGCAUGGCUUCUCCCAUCACCGAUGAAGCGGCUGCAGGGCUUGAGUGGGCUCCUAGAGGCGAAAAGGUGGCUGAUGAUCCCGACGUUCCUCGAUCGAUACCGACGGCGGCCACGGAAUUUGCGCCCAAGGGCCGUAUCAUUGAUGACUCUGCCCGAGGCACCAUAUUCUGGGAAGCUGACCCGGAGGACGAUGAAAUCGCGCCAAUCAUCGAUCAUGAAAUUGACGACCCCGAUGAAAUGAUACAAGCUGCGGAGAAGGCGGAAGACGCCGAUGAUGCCGCCCUUUCGAGUGACGCGCAGGCUUUUGGCAAGCCAUUCAAGAUUGAAUGGCUUGCCACCAACCGACUGCCCUUUUAUCGCACCCGAGGGCUUAGGAACCCCUGGAAUGCCAACAGGGAAGUCAAGAUCGCAAGAGACGGUACAGAACUUGAGACGAGUGUUGGCAGAAGGCUGGUCCAGAUGUUCCAUAAAUCGCCCUCAUUGGAAGGACCGCAGCCAGCACUGGCUUGGUCGCCCGGGAGACCCUACUAA